UGCCCCAUGUGGAAUAGCCCCAAAUACGCAUAGUAUUUGCGACGAGGCCCCGAAUUGACUCUUUUCAGAAAAAGCCCAGCGGAAGUUACUAUCUUGCCCUCUGAUGGGACUGAGCUGGGUUAAUGUGCCCCUCACCUUUACAAGUACUCUCCCUCUCUUUCUCUCUCUUCCACCUAGCACCGUCAUCAAGAACUCUUCAUCUUCCUAAUUUCUGUACGAAUUUCAACGUUUCUAGGGUUUUCGCCGGAAAAAUGUCGUCGUCUACGGAAAAAUCCAGUAACGACUACGAGGUCGGGCACCGAGCCGAGUUGGAAGGAAAAGGCGCUUCAUCUGCGGGUGGCAGCACGGAGGAAGCUACGGAAGCUACGAAAACCCUAAUCGAAAUGCAAAAGGAGGCAUUACAAUGGCGAGACCAGAAAAGGAGGACGACAAUGGCUGGUCGUACCAACGAACCCCCCUCAAAAAAACAGAAAAAAAUUGCUCUAACAGGCUCAGCAGAAACAAUAAGGUUAACGGCCAAUAUCGGGGCUUAUUGGGCAUUUAUGAAGCGCUUUGCCCCGAAGAUCCGUCAGUGGCAUAGGGAUGCAUACUGCGGUUCUAUAUUUCAGCACUACAUUUUGUUUGGGGCUCCUGCGGCUGAUCGGCCCACCCUUGAGCUGCUGCUGAGCUUUUUCGAUAGAGAUAAUAACACCUUUUGUAUACCUGAUUCAAAAAGUGGGGGUAUGAAAAAUGUUAGUUUUGAUUUGCAAUGGGUCCACAACCAUACUUAUUUCCCAAUUUAUGGGGAGGACAUAAGGAACAAUAGGGACUCAAGAAGCAGAAUAUGGCUGGAAUACUUCGCUAAGCUUUUCAUUUCUGAAGAGGGUAAGAAGUUAAAAAAAUCAGAAACCAGCCAACGUAAACAUCUUGAAGGGCUACUUGAACGGCUUGUUGAAUCUACCAAAAAGCGGGAUAUCGAGGAUUUUGCUCUGCUACAAAUUUUGUACCAAUGCUCUAUGAUAUGGAGUCCCAUAGCAGGGGAAGGUAUCCCUAGACCCUUACUCAGAUACCUGGAUAGCAUUCAGAGGGUCAAUUCUGUUGCAUGGGCCCCGUUCUUUUAUAAUGAAAUUAUCAGGGGCAUUGGAGUUGCUUUGGAGGGAAAGAAGAAGCAAAAGGUCGCAUAUGUCCCAGGUUGCAUGACACUAUUGUGUCUUUGGUACUACGAGAUGACAGGCAUAAAGAAAUAUGCCCUCUUAGACACCUCCAGACCUCCAAUGACAAAUUGGGCAUUAGGGGAGGAGAGAAUCGCAUCUAUGAGGAUGCCGACAAUUAUUUCAAAGGCUAAGUCAGCGUCAAUAACAUUUGUCCAUAGGCCUAUUGCGGAGGUCGCUUCUCCUGGUCAUGUUCAUCCACUUCCCGCUGAACAGAGGGAUGAAGUUCUUCAGCAAAAGCAUCAGGCAAAGAGGAAGACUUUGCAGGAAGAAACUACUAAGAACUUCUCAAUAGGUUACGUAAGUAUCAUGUUAUGUUAA